AUGCAGCAGUUUACACCCUAGCCUACUAGCUGACACCAAAAUUAACAAUCCACUAAAAUAUCAGCAAAAAUGGGAAAAUCACUUUUUAAUUACAACACUCCAUUCGUAUACUAUAACAGGCCAUGAUUGGUCUAUUUGGUGGCUUCUCUUUAAUCCUGUUUAGGCUGUUUGAGGUCCGUAUCCUGGUUGUAAAUCCAGUCAUUUAGGACGGAGGCAGCGCCGUAGACAGCAGUUCUUCAAGAUGAGAGGCUAUUUGACGUUGAUUUGCUGUUCAGUUUUUCUUAUAUUAUUGAGUUCGAAGGUUUUUUGUUCCAGCGAUGUCAGCGACGAUGCAGAAAGUGCCGAUGACCAAGAGAACGAGAUAUUUAUCUCGGAGCGGGCGGCCAAAGCUGUUCCUAAGAAACCACGGCGCGUGAAGCGUGGCUUCCGGUUCCGGGUUCGAUUCCGUGUCAAAAGGCUCUGGGGAGAGGAGAGAAACGAGGAGAGGGAGAGUAGGAACGAGGCUGCACGGCGGGCGGCGCACAAUGAUUUCUGCAGGAAGAAUUGCAAGUGGUCGGCGUGGACUAGCUGGACCGGGUGUUCCGCUAGAUGUGGGAACGGCGGUAUCCGAACGCGCACGCACACACGCCAAUAUCCGGGCAACUGCGGCGCGUGGGCGAGUGCAAAUGGCUGUACGGGCACUGCCACAGAGACAGACAACAAAUGCGCACAACCAUGCCAAAACGGAGGAAUAGCAGCAAACAAAUUCUGCCUGUGCACUCUGCAGUUUAAAGGAAUUUGUUGUGAACUGAGGAAGCAGUGUCAACACCCGGGUAAACCUGCCCACGGCUCCGUGACUCCUGACAGCGCACCUAACAACUACGGCACCAUAGCUAGGUACAGCUGCCAGACGGGGUACAGGCUGCAGGGGCCCGCCACCAGGAAGUGUGAGGCUAACGAGCAGUGGGCGGGGGCCGUGCCAUCGUGUCAACUUGUGAACUGCGGCGACCCCGGCACGCCCUCUUCCGGCAGUCGUUCCAUGACAGCCACCACCUACCAGAGCACCGUCACCUAUAGCUGUAACACCGGGUACAGGAUCUCUGGAGGCGUGGUCAGGACGUGUCAGGCCAACGGACAGUGGAGUGGGUCUCUACCCUCCUGUCCGAUAAUAUCAUGCGGCGCCACUCCCCCACUCCCCAAUGGUAUAGUCAAGCACUGCCACGGUCCCCCAGGCAAUGUAUAUAACACCCAGCUCCACUUCAUAUGUAACCAAGGUUACUAUCUCCAAGGUACCGAGAAGAGAAAAUGUCAGCUGUCGGGGCAGUGGGACGGAACUGCAGCCUCGUGUCAUGCUAUUACAUGCCCGGAUCUCACUCCCCCUGCAAGUGGCGCGGUGUCACUGGCUCAAGGGAAAACCUUUGGAAAGAAGGCGACUUAUUCUUGUUCUACUGGCCACAGACUUCAGGGGAGCGUAACAAGAACUUGCACAGCCAGAGGAAACCAAGGAAUUUGGAGUGGUUCGGCACCUACUUGCCCACCCGUCAACUGUGGCGACCCCGGAACGCCAUCUAACGGCGUGAAGAACGGUAACAGUUACACGUACACCAGCGCAGUGACGUACCAGUGUGUACCAGGCCACUACAUGACCGGACAGGAGAGGAUUACCUGUAACGCCAACGGACAGUGGUCAGCUGGGAAACCCACGUGUACAGCGUGUCCUAGGAACCAGUACAAGCCGGGAGUCAAUGCCCGCACUUCCUGCCUCCCGUGCCCGGUGAACUCCCACACACAGGGAACUGGAAGCGUUGAUCAGAAGAACUGUUUGUGUAAUACAGGAUUCCGUGGCCCAGCCGGCGGUCCCUGUGGAGAGGUCACGUGCCCUCCCCUGCCUGCCCCAGCCAAUGGGAAGGUGACGGCGUGUCAGGUGUCCAUUAACGAUGUCUGCUCAUUUGACUGUGACAAUGGCUACAUUCUCAGCCCUAGCAACCAGCAGAGAAAAUGUCAGCCAGACGGAUCAUGGACGGGAUCCGAUGUCACUUGUUUGCCGUGUGGUCAGAACACGUACAAGGCUGGUCCUGGUCAGUGUACCCGGUGUCCGGCAGACACUCACACCACAGGUACUGCCAGUAUGCUGGUCGGCUGCAUCUGUAACGACGGCUUAACCGGGCCUGGUGGAGGACCGUGCCAGGAUGUCAACGAAUGCUCUCGACAAAAUGGCGGCUGUGAGCAGAGCUGUGAGAACACUAGGGGAGGUUUCCAGUGUAAAUGCUCCAUUCCGGGAUACAAAGUAAACCCUGCCGACCGAAAACGUUGUAUAGUGGAAAAACAAUGUUCAUCAUUCACGACCCCUACAAAUGGCGGCAUCGUCUGUCACCAUAAGAACGAUACCAAUACCGACCGUUGCCAGGUGAAAUGUAAUGACGGCUUUGAGCAUCCCGUGAGAAGCAACCAGUUCGAGGAAUGCGGGCCAGCCACGAACUUCAAGUGGUCGUAUGAGAUUAAUAACAUACCUAUCCCUGCUUGUGUUGAGCAAUAUUUUCCUGGCGUGAUCGUCGACGCAGAAAUCGCCUACUUUGUGGCCAGCUGCGACCAGCUGACAGACCAACAGAAACAGGACGCUAAGAACGCGUUCCUGCAGCUUCUGCGAGGACAGGGGGUGUGCCUGGAGAACGGAAGAGCGGUGUGUAACGUCACCGACCUCUGGAUAGAGUGUGGAGAAAUCGACUUAAGCGGAGGCAUUCAAAAGAGGGACGCUAGCUCUAGCCGCGUUCUCAAGUUCAAAUUCAAACUAACCACGGACCAGAAGCCGGUCAGAACUAUGAACUGUGGACGCUUCUGUGACGGACAGGCCGUGUGCGACGCUUGCUUCACCAAUCACGUCCAGUCCACUGUCAGAAAGGUGACAGCAGAGCAGGAAAAAUUACGGGAGGUUUUUGGAACGCAAGCUGCACCAGACGCGAGACCAAAUCCUCAGCCUCGACCAGGCGUUUCCACAACCUCUGGUGCUGGCGUCGCACCAAAGUCCUUUAACAGAGGAAUAACUGCUUUCCGAAGUAACCUAGCACGAAACUUCAACAGAGUUAUCCCAAGCACCAGUGGUCAAAGCCCCGUGAGACCAACUGAAGCAGUGACGACAGCAGCGCCGCCUAGGGGAAUGAUGAACAUCGGGGGGUUGGUUCUGAUGCCUGCGCCCACCGGGUUACAGAUGAUGUCUGAUGUCAAGAUGGCGUGUGAAACUGGAAUGGAGAAAAAACGUGACAUGUGUGUUCCCUGUACACCGGGAAGUAAUCUGCCGCCAGGUGGCAGCAGGUGCGAGCAGUGCAUCGCAGGAAUGUACCAACCGGAAGCUCAGAAGACUUCCUGUAUCCCCUGUCCCGCCGGGAAGACCUCGCCAAGGGGCGCUAUUGGAUGUGCAUGAUAAGAAACACAAGAAAGAGCGAAAGAGCUUUACAAACGACUUUUUAAAUACAAAAUAAUAAUAUAGUAAUCUCAAUUAUAGUUCAAGACAAUAGAAAUGAAAACAUGCCGAAAAACCUAGUACUAAGUUUGAGGGGACCUAUCCAGGGCCGUAGCCUCCGGGGGGGCAGGGGGGGCAGCUGCCCCCCCUGA